AAUCAAUCCUACCAACAAUGGACUACACAAGAACAAACACACCAGCAUCGGUGUCCCAAGAGACGAGACACAUCGGCAACCAGCUUUAAUGCACGCCAAAAACGAAGGCAGCGGAGCACGUCGGAUGAUGAGAUCAGUCUACAACAGACAGGGCCUAGUGAACCCAGUUCUUCCACCUCAAGUGUACCCCCAGGGACACCAAUAUCUUCUCUGGAUAUCAAGGACGACAUCACUAACCUAUAUGAAUGCAUCAGGAAACUCUCUGAUACAUAUACAGCUCUAGUGAAAGAUGAGGUCCAGGCGGUCACAGAGCGUGUUCAAUCUACGGAAGAAGUGGUGUCAGAGCUCAAAAGAGGCCUAACGACACUUGAAGAAAAUGUACAUAAAUUACAAUCCUCCAAUACAAACACCAACCUAAGAGUGGAUUCCCUCAAAGACAGAGGUCGGAGAAAGAAUCUGAAGAUCAAAGAGGUGUCUGAGGCAGUGUCCCUUGAAGAGCUCCCACACAUACUUAGAAGACUACUGGCAUCGGUGCUGCCCACCAAGCUGUCAAAAUCCAUCACUCUAGAUG